UCUAGUGCUAUGGCAGGAGUAGUAAGUGGUUCAUGAACUUGCUCUCCGGCAAGGUUUGUUCCUACCGCAUCUCAGCAAAUUUGCUAUAGGAAGCCAUAGCCACUACCGCACUAAUCUCGAUGCUAUAAGCACUCCACACAACCAUUCCUGCGCCUACAACGUUGCCGCUGUCGAUGCUGAUGCCAUCAUCUCUACUCUUCUUCUCCAAUAAAAUACAAGAGAGGCAUCGGAAUUCAGAGGGCAAGAGACAGUACCGCCACAGCGCCAAGGAACUUGUAAACGUAUCGCCAAUCCAUGGCAGAAAUUCCCCUCCUGACUCCCUACACCAUGGGGAGGUUCCACCUCUCACACAGGGUUGUCCACGCGCCACUCACCAGAUCAAGGUGCUACAACAACCUUCCUCGAGAACACGUCGCGCUGUACUACUCCCAGAGGGCCUCGAAUGGCGGCCUCCUUGUCGCUGAAUCCACUGGGGUCUCGGAGACCGCUCAGGGGUACCCCAACACGCCAGGUAUAUGGACCAAGGAACAGGUGGCGGCUUGGAAGCCGGUCGUGGAAGCCGUGCAUCGCAAGGGCGGAGUUUUCUUCUGCCAAAUCUGGCACGUAGGGAGGGCGUCUAUCUAUGAUUAUCAGCCCGAUGGACAAGCACCAAUUUCUUGUACGGACAAGCAGAUCACAACUGUGGUUCUCAAAGAUGGAAGUGUGGAGGAAUUCUCUGCCCCAAGGAGGCUUAGAGAAGAUGAAAUCCCUCAAAUCGUCAAUGAUUUUCGGCUUGCUGCUAGGAAUUGUAUUGAAGCAGGCUUUGAUGGAGUCGAAAUCCACUGUGCAUUUGGCUACCUAAUUGAACAGUUCAUGAAAGACAGCGUCAACGACAGAACUGACAAGUACGGUGGAAGCAUGGAAAACCGUUGUCGCUUUGCUCUAGAGGUAAUCCAAGCAACCACCGAUGAGAUCGGACCAGACAGAAUCGGUGUCCGUCUCUCGCCAUACUCAAACUGCCUGGACUGUUGGGACUCGGACCCGGAUGCACUUGGCCUGUACAUGAUCCAAGCCAUGAACAAGCUGGGCGUCCUCUACUGCAGCAUGGUUGAGCCUGAGGUGGUCAAAGUGGACGGCAAGGUGCAAAUCCCUUACAAGCUGUUGCAUUUCAGGAAGGCGUUUGCUGGUACUUUCAUUGUUGCCGGAGGAUACAACAGGGAAGAAGGCAACAGAGCAGUGUCUGAGGGUUACACGGACCUGGUGGCAUAUGGCAAAUGGUUUCUGGCAAACCCAGACUUGCCAAAGCGGUUUGAGCUGAAUGCGCCUUUGAACAAGUACGACAGAUCGACGUUUUACACUCCUGAUCCGGUUGUCGGUGCUUGUCAUGGCAGGCCUGCACCUGAGACUAACGGACCCAGCUCACGGCGCCGGCAUCGCCUCGCCGUGGUUCUGGCGUGCGGCUGCCGGCCAGGUUGGGCCAUUGGGAUGAGAGACCGGGUGCCAGUUCCGGCCGUGGCUGUGCUGCCAGCGGCGGUGCGUCGACGUUGGCGAGGAUCCUAACUGCGGCGCGCGCUG